AAAGUUAAAUCUAUUCCCCAAUCCCCCGUUCUUUCUCUCUCUUUUCAGCGAAGCCCCUAUCCCUCUUUCACACAGCCGAGCAACAGAUCCGACCGCACCGCCACCUUUUGCCACUACACCAAAGCCACAGCCACCUUCUGCCAUCGCCACCUUCUUUCACAAAGCACAGAGCUAUUCGAGAGAGUUUCACACCGUCACUCCGAACCAAGUACUCUCUUUCUCUCUCUAUUUGUCGGAGGCUCUUCAUCUCUCUCCUCCGAUUCUCAACUCAUUGCCCUUCCUCCAAACCCCCGUUUCCAAACCCUAGGUCCUCUGAACACCGUCCAUCACCGAAGGGUGACAUAUGUGUGCAUGUUUGUUUCUAAAGGAAUCGAUUCAACACACACUCUCUCUCUCUUUCUAUCUCUCCCCCAAACAGUUGCUCAAAAAGCUCUUAAUCUAUUCAAUUUUUCAGGAGGAGUUCCAAAACUUAAUAAGCGGGGCUAGUGAAAAGGGUGAUGAUUUGAUAAGGGUAUUGAGAGAGCUUACCACUGUACAAAGACAAAUUGCAGAUCUGCAAGUGGAACUUCAAGGUCAAAAGCUGUUGGUGUGUAGAUCAAGGGAUAUGAUAUCAAGGAAUUGUUGCAGGCAUCUUGAUGGAAUGUGUGUUAUAUCGUCCAUAGGGGUUAUAGGGAAAGGAUAAAUAUUGUGCGGUCUCAGAGGUCAAUCAAGCAGUCUGCUCUUCUUAGGUCGUUUUGAAACUUGUUUUUCAUUCCCAAGACCACUGUCUUAUGACAGUCCUCCCAUCACUCGAGUGAUCAUUCGUAAAUUUGAGUUUUCUUGUUGACCUAAAUUGCCCUUAUUCUGAACCUAUAAACAGUGAGUGUGUUUCCCAAUCUAAGGUAUCUAUUUUGUGAGCUGAAAUCUUGUCUCUUACACCUUAGAGAUCACACCACAAACCUAGAUCUCUAAACCUAAGGCUACCAUCUAAUGAGUCGUUUGCAACCUCACAACUUGGUGAAGUAAAGACCAGAUCCAAUGGAGUGUGCAUACUAAGGAUCAUUGGUGUGACCAAGGUUGUUCGACGCCUAUAUCAUUCAUUGCGGUGGUGAAUCCUAGUGAAGCUACAAAAGACAUCGGAGCGGCACUUUGGUAGAGAGGCUUAUUGAAGGAAUGAAACAUCUAACUAUGAUAUUGGUUGAGAUAUAAGACUCGAGUACUUGGAAGCUGACUUUGCAGUAGUAGAUUAGGUUUUGGUGAACCAAGAAGGUUUCUUGUAAUUUUCCCUGAGGAGGUUUGCCACGUCAAUAAAUUGCUUGUGUUCUUUAUCAUAUUUUCAUACACACUUGCAAUUUGAGGACACAUAUGCACAAUGUGUUUGAUUGAAUAAAUGUUUGAAUAUCAUAAUCAUCCAUAGUUGUGCAUUCAAGGGUUUGGGUCCUUGGGUUGAGAUCUUUGUGAGAGAUUGAGUAUUAAGUGAUUAAUUGACAAAAUUAAUACACUAAUUUUUAUGGGUUCAUGGAGA